CAGUGACGGUGUGAGUAGUGACCGGCUGUCUGUUUAACGUGCCUUGCGACUGACUGGCGACCAGUCCAGGGCGUUGUCCGCAUUUCACCUUGAGUCACGUGGGCAGAGGCGAAGCGAGAGAGCGGGAGAGUUUUGGCAAGACAACCACAAGCAGCGCAUAGUCUGAAGGUGAAGGAUGUUCAUCAAGUUCGUGUUGGCCAUCUGGACGAGUUUUGCAGGUUUUGUCGUGCCAUCGCAUCAACAAACGCGCGCGUCAAAAGGCAACGUCUUUGUGAUGCGUCCAUAUUUGCUCGCGCUUGCGUCAAAAGUAAGGGCUCUGUAAACCUUCGAAUGAAAAUUGGUUCAACUCGUGUUUUUGUGAUGCUGGGCCGACUGGGGCCGCAGCGUGCCCGUGUGAGCGCAGAGACUCGACCCGACCGCCCCAAAGGCUUGCACACCAAGAGCGGCUCGCUACCGGCUGACGCAGCGGGGAUGGAGAACGACAAUGAGAAUAAACCCAUGCAAAUGUCACAAGCUUUAUUCACAAGCAAGCUCCUGGUGGUUUCAGACGUCUUGUGCCUAUUCCUAGUUUCCAUCCCAUUCUUGGCAAGUGAGCUGAAGGCCGUCAGACCAUACAGAAGAGGUUUCAGUUGUGGAGACCCCAGCAUCGCCUAUCCGUACCUGCUCUCAGAGGUCAUACCGGACACAUUACUCAUUGCUGCCGGCAUCCUUAUCGCGGGCCUCGUAGUCGUUGUAGGGGAAUGUUACCGUGUGCGCUUACUAGGUGUCAGCACCAAGUCCUUCGUUAGGAACAAGUAUGUGUCCUGUCUCUACAAGGAGUUUGGCGCCUUCCUGUUUGGCUGCUUCGUCGGCCAAUCCCUGACAAACACGGCCAAGCUGAGCGUUGGCCGUCUGCGGCCGCACUUCUUGUCGGUGUGUGGCGUCACCUACACGUCACUCAACUGCACGGAAGGAACUUAUUUGGAGUCUGUCAGCUGCCCCAGCACUGACCACCGCUCUAUAGAAGAGGCCAGGAAGUCCUUCUUCUCUGGUCAUGCCUCUUUUGCGAUGUACACAAUGCUGUAUUUAGCUUUUUAUCUUCAAGCGCGGUUGACAUGGCGCAAAGCUCGCCUGCUAAGACCCGUGCUCCAGUUCUUCCUGUUUCUGCUGGCCAUCUACACAGGUCUGACCCGCGUCACUGACAACAGACACCACCCAUCGGACGUCGUGUUCGGCUACAUAAUUGGAGCCUUCACUGCAUACUGGGUGGCCUUCUACAUCUCAUCCAUGUUUAAGAGACCCAGCUUGAAUCAGUCUCCAAUUGAGACCCAGGAUAACCAGUUACCAGCACAGCACAGCAUCUGCUAAAGUAAGCUCCACCUUACCUCCCAGCAUUCCGCAGCAUCCACCAGCCAUGAGCGCUUAUGAAUCUGAAGAAUGUGAGACUGUUUCCUCUGAAGUCCUACCACAUACUGUACCUCGCUAUUUUGGACAAAUGUGUGUGGGGUAAGGAUGUGACAUACUGAAUCUGACAGUGUAAUUUUGCGCUAUCGGAACAGUUUGGAAAUCAUUGUGACAUUGGGUUGGUGCGUGUUAAGAAUAGUGUCUGUUGUUGUCAUGGCAACAACGCAUCUCUUACGGUGUUGUUUUUGGAACGGUGGACCAGCCAGGACACCCUACAGGUUCUUUUAGCACUAGCUCUGUUCAGAGGUGUCUGCCGUGCUUAUACAAACUUUGCUGUUCAUUAAAAUGAUCAAGGCAAUUAUAACAGUCAUGUUUUGUCAGUGUAGAGCAGGUACCUUCACCAGCUUGCCGCCUUUAUUUUCUGAAUGUUUCUUAAUGCUGCCAGUUCGUAUUAAUCACAGUUUCCUUAUCGUUGAUUUCAAUAGUGUGCACCCGACCUUGUGAUUCAGUUAAGAUGAUCGGGUCAAUCACGAACCACUGCAUGUAAAAUAUAUGCAAAUUUUGUAUCUGGAAAAAACCCCAACAUAUUUUAGCAGUGCCACCACCAUGAAAAUAUUUGAUUGUGUUAAAAAAAUAUUUCAAGCAAAUGUAUCAAACAUUCCACCUGUACUUUCUUUUUAUGAAAAUAGAACUGAAUGUAAUUCACAAAUGACAGUGGCACAACUAAGCUGUAUGAUCUUGUCAAGAGUUGAUAUGACUAUAAGAAUAUUGAGAUAAUCUGAAAAAAAAUGGUUCUUUUCAUUUACAGUGUGUUUUACGAUAUAGUAUGUAUGCUCCCAGAAUACAUAACAGAUCCAGAGUUCACAAAUCAUUAAAGGUUUUUAUUUAUU